AUGGGUGCCACCAUGGACAGAACAGUGCUGCAAGUCAGCAUCUUCGGGCUGCUUUUGGCUUUUGGUUCCACGCAACCCAAGGACGACUGGGAGAUCUACAGCUUUCACAUCAACUCCACAGUGAUCAGUCGUUACGCCACCACCGUCAUCACCAGUCGCGUGGUCAACCGCAAAGACGAGUCCCAAGAAAUAGAAUUCCACGUGCGAAUUCCCAAGAAUGCCUUCAUCAGCAAAUUCAGAAUGUUUAUGGACGACCAGGUGUAUGACAGUGUGGUGAAGGCUAAAGAAGAAGCUCAGCAGCAGUACACUGAGGCAGUGUCCCGCGGUGAAAGUGCUGGCAUCGUCAGCUCAGUGGGGAGGACUCUCGAGGAGUUUAAAACCUCAGUGACAGUGGCCGCUCUAAAAAAGGUGACCUUUGAACUCACGUAUGAAGAACUACUCAAACGCAAGCUGGGCAAGUAUGAGCUGCAGAUCCACGCUCGCCCCAUGCAGACCGUCAAAGACUUCAAGGUGGAUGUGCACAUACAGGAAGAAGCAGGAGUCAAUUUCCUCCACGUUAAUGGAGGACUUAGCACUGGCGCUCUGGCUAAUGCUGUCACCAAAGCAAUUGCUGACAAACAGGCCUGGGUUAAUUUUCACCCCACAGUGGAACAACAGAAAACAUGUGACAGCUGUGGCGAAGAGGGUAUAAAUGGAGAUCUGGCAAUAGUUUAUGACGUCAACAGAGACAAGUCGCUGGGUGACAUCAAGACAUCAAGCGGAUAUUUUGUUCAUCACUUUGCUCCAUCACAACUUCCCCGCAUUCCAAAGAAUGUUGUCUUUGUCAUUGACAAAAGUGGUUCCAUGCAUGGCAAGAAAAUAGAACAGACCCGUACAGCAUUAAUCCAUAUCCUGAACGACCUGGCGGAGGAAGACUUCUUUGGUCUCAUCACUUUUGACAGCACUGUGUCUUACUGGAAGCGAGAACUUGUUCAGGCCAACUCACAAAAUGUGAAAAAUGCGAAAGGAUUUGCACGGAACAUAAUAGAGAGAGGAGGCACAAAUAUUAAUGACGCUUUGUUGGAUGGAUCGCGCAUGUUGAAUGAUAACCCCAGGAACGGUUCAGCUUCUAUCCUCAUACUCCUCACGGAUGGAGACCCAACCUCAGGUGUGACCAAUCUCGGGCAAAUACAUGCGAAUGUGAUGGAGGCCAUUCAAGACAAAUUCCCGCUCUACUGUCUUGGUUUUGGUUUUGACGUCAACUUUAAUUUCCUUGAGAAGCUGUCCUUGCAGAACAAUGGCGUCGCGCGGCGUAUUUAUGCUGACUCUGAUGCCGAUUUACAGCUGAAGGGAUUCUACGACGAGGUGGCGAAUCCCCUUUUGACAGACGUGACAAUGAUUUAUAACGGCGGCGCCAAUCUGACCCAGACCAACUUCAGCCAGUAUUACAACGGUUCUGAGAUUGUGGUGGCCGGUCAGAUCAUUGACAACAACAUUGAGACCUUCGUCCCACGCGUUGUGGCCAUUUCGAGGAACGCGAGUAUCGUUUUCUCUGAGAAAAAUAGCACCGCAGAGUCCACGGACAACAGCGACAUCCAGAGGGUUUGGGCCUACCUGACUGUCAAACAACUCCUGAAGAAAGAAUUGCAACUGUCAGGAGCCGAAAAGGAGAACAUUAAGAAUGAGACUUUGAGGCUGUCACUCAAGUACAACUUCGUGACCCCGCUCACAUCCAUGGUGGUCACCAAGCCAACAAAGGACAACACGGAGGUGCUUCAUAAACCCAACGAGGAAGCUCCACAGCCUGCCGCGAGGACCACUUUGGGACGGAACAAUCCUCGGUUAGGGUCUGUGGCCCAGGACAGUUUGGUCAGACACUCCACACGUAUUCUUCACAGUGGCUACAUAUUAUCGUCAACUCCCAUGCUGAACAUGGACUAUGACAUGACAGUUGUUCCACCUCUCAUCCGGUUUUUGCUCCAAGCUGAGAAUCAAUCUCUUCCACUGUGUUUUGAUAUCCCUGCACAAAUUCGACUUCGACUCCUUCGCCUCCCCAGUGUAGAACUGUCUGUGAAUGGCGAACUGGAUGGAAAAACAGGCUUCAACAAGAUUGUUGUCUACUUCAGUACCACCGGCAUUAUUGAUGUUGACACGAGUCGUGUCACCAUUCACGACGGAACAUUUGGAAAGAUAUUACCGUGGCUCACGGGACAGGAGACCACCACUGCUGGAAGCGUGACAGUGAUUAAACGGGACAAGGAAGUUGAUAUCACAGUUGGAGGGGCACGCUUGAUCAUCUUGCUUCAUGGCAACGGCGGAGAAAAAUACCUCUGGCCGGUUUUAAGACAGCAGAUUUCGGAUAAUAAUGCCGAAGGAAUUUUGGCUCAAAAGCCAGUAGCUUAUGAAGAAGUGCAUCAACCUCAGUCCACAAAACUUAAAAUCAAAGACCAGGAAAUCGGUGUUUCCAGAGCCAUGGCUGCUGACUACACUUUUUCGCCAUCUGUGAUCCUGCCCUGCUGGCUCAUGUCUGCUGAGUCAGCACUACAAGCACGACUCAAUGAUUUCAUCAUCUUCACUCUUUAAUUAAGAG